AAACUCUUACAGGACGAUCCAUGAAAUAUUCACGUAUUCAGAGAAUAAAUUAGUAGAAAAAAAUUCCAAAUAUUCGGUCAAAACCCUAGAAAUCACAGAAUUAAACCCCCCCAAAAAAGAAAAAUUACUCAUAUAACAUUCAGAGAAAAAUAUUUUCCCCAAAUCUAAUAAAUUUAACUCCAAUUGCCAUCUCUUUCUUUCAACCUUUGAUUUACAGAGAGAAAGUUGGUUAAUGAAAAAAUAAUGGCGGGUCAUAAGAAUAGUUAUGGAAAGCGGACUCAUUCUUCGCUGUCUGACUAUGAUAAUAGUGGGUCAAAUAAAAGAAGAAAUUCAGUUGGCGGUGGUGAUGAUAGAGACAAUUUCGCAAUUGAUUCCCAAGAUACUGUGUAUCGAUAUUUAUGUCCUCUUAAGAAGAUUGGAAGUAUUAUAGGGCGUGGAGGUGAAAUUGUCAAGCAAUUAAGGAUUGAUACGAAGUCAAAAAUUAGGAUCGGCGAGACAGUUCCAGGUUGUGAUGAUCGUGUUGUUACUGUUUAUAGUGCUAGUGAUGAGACUAACUUGUAUGAAGAUAGUGGUAAUUUUAUUUGUCCUGCUCAGGAUGCACUUUUUAGGGUGCAUGACAGAGUUAUUGCAGACGAUAUGCACAGUGAUGAUGAUUCUGAAGGUGGUCAUCAAGUUACUGCUAGGCUUAUUGUACCAUCUGAUCAGAUAGGAUGUAUUAUUGGGAAAGGUGGUCAGAUUGUUCAAAAUAUUCGUAGUGAGACUGGUGCACAAAUUCGUAUUCUCAAGGAUGAACAUCUACCUCCUUGUGCAUUGAGCACUGAUGAGCUUGUGCAGAUCUCUGGCGAAGUUGCAGUUGUUAAAAAGGCUUUAUAUCAAAUUGCCACACGCCUUCAUGAAAAUCCUUCACGUACUCAGCACCUGCUUUUUUCUGCUGUCCCCAAUGUGUACCCUGCUACUGGUUCAUUGAUAGGUCCAACUGGUGCACCAAUUGUUGGAAUAGCUCCAUUGAUGAGUACUUAUGGAGGAUACAAAGGUGAUGCUGGAGAUUGGUCACGCUCUUUGUACUCAGCUCCAAGAGAUGAACUUUCUUCAAAAGAAUUUUCAUUACGUAUAGUUUGCCCAACUGGAAAUAUUGGUGGUGUAAUCGGUAAAGGUGGUACUAUUAUCAAUCAGAUCAGACAGGAAUCUGGAGCAGUUAUCAAGGUUGAUAGUUCAACAGCUGAAGGAGAUGAUUGCUUGAUUACUGUUUCAGCUAAGGAGUUUUUUGAUGACCAAUAUUCUCCAACUAUUGAAGCGGCUAUACGAUUGCAACCCAGAUGCAGCGAGAAAAUUGCAAGAGAUUCAGGUCUUAUCUCAUUCACUACUCGCCUACUUGUUCCCACCUCGCGAAUUGGUUGCCUCCUUGGUAAAGGUGGAGUGAUUAUAAAUGAGAUGAGGAAAGUCACAAAAGCUAAUAUUCGCAUACUUGGAAAGGACAACCUUCCCAAGGUUGCAUCUGAAGAUGAUGAAAUGGUGCAGAUCUCUGGAGACCUUGAUGUUGCCAAAGAUGCUCUCACCCAUGUCAGUCGACGGUUAAGAGCGAAUGCUUUUGAUAGAGAAGGUGCUGUGUCCACUUUUCUGCCAGUUCUUCCGUACCUUCCUGUCUCAGCCGACGGUUCAGAUAGCUUAAACUAUGAUAGUAGAGAUAGUAAAAGACAUGGGCGUGGGCAUUCUUAUUCCAGUGGCUAUGGGUCUAGUGACUAUACGGCAGCUGAUAGUUAUGGUGCUUAUGGUAGUUCACAGAUUGGUGGUAGUGGAGGUGCUUAUGGAGCUUAUGGAAGUUAUUCUUCAGGGCGUACUAGUAGUUCUGGGUUAUCUGGCCAGACCCCUGGUUCCCGACGCAAAAACUACUACUAGAUUUGAUGAUGGCUAUUUGCAGUUACUCUGAAGUGGCAGCAGAACUCUAAUGUUGUCUGAGUUACAGGUUUGAUAUCCUUCUCUUGUACCAUCCACAAAAAGGUAGUCAGAUUUAUUCUUCUUGUAUAUUUUAGCUGUGGAAUUGCAUUUACCAACAUGUUUGAUUAAUUUUGAGAAAGCAAAUAUGGUUUAUUCUUUUGCUUAUGGCAGUAGUGGCAGCUGGACUUGCAAUUUUAAUCUCAAAUAUUAGGUCUUUUUUUUAUAGCGACGGGGUUUGUGUUUGUAAGUCAGAAAAGAAAAAAAGAUGAAAAGAGCUAGAAUGUGUGUUUCUUUUUCGUGCAAUGGCCAGGUAAGUUUGGAGGUGCUAUAUAUGAAACCUGGAGGGCAUUUUGCAUAUCUGGAUUUGUUGGAGGUUGAUCUGUAUUGUUGGAAGGUGGGACUCUGAUGUAUCCAAGUGGUAGGAUAUUUACUUGUACUAUAUUGUUUGCCAUAGGGAAGUAGUGUGGCUCUGAUUGGCUAUUGUCUCAUGGACAAUUUGUUGGGCAGGUUUUUGUUGUCGGGGCAUAAAACAGGUUUAUCUUUUAAGCUGGCAAAACGGACGCUGGCAAGUUAUUUGGCAGAUCCAGUUAAUUGGCUGGAAUGAGCUCUAAAUAAACUCUCCAUGCAUGCAGUAUGUUGCAAGAUUAUUUUACAUGCUUCAUUUUACUUCAAUUAGAAAGAUGUAUUCUGAUUUUUGUACUCUUGCAAAUUUCCUUUUUUUCGGUUCUUGAUUUUGGGCUUGUUUGAGA